AAAUAGAAAAUCGGAGAAAGAACGAUAUGUGUGACGAUCAGCAGUGUGAGCUCUGAGGUUAACAUAAGUGGCGUUAUUAUAACGCUAAUUGUCAUUAUUUGUACGAAGUUCUCCUUAAUUGGAUGUAAUAAUGAUGCCCGGAAAAACUCCAGUACAAGAAAAUCCGUUGGGCCUAUCCUGGCAUAACAGCGUCAUGAUUCCCACCCUUAAUCCAAGCAAUAUCAUGGAUUACUUCUCGGAAAGAAGUAAUCCAUUUUAUGACAGGACUUGCAACAACGAGAUAAUCAAGAUGCAACAAUCGAACCCAGAACUACUGACUAAUUUGACCGGCCUGGAGUACAUUCUUUUGCAUGUGCAAGAGCCGAUCCUGUAUGUGAUUAGGAAACAACAUAGGCAUUCUGCAACUGUAGUUUCACCAAUUGCUGAUUAUUAUAUCAUAGCUGGUGUGGUAUAUCAGGCUCCAGAUUUAGGAUCUGUUGUGAGUUCUAGAUUGUUGUCCACGGUUCAUCAUCUGCAAUCUGCCUUUGACGAGGCAAGCGCCUGUUCACGAUAUCAUCCGAGUAAGGGCUAUUCUUGGGAUUUCAAAAACGGAAAAGCCUUGGCCGCAAAAAAAGAAACGCCGGUGCGUGAGGAGCCUGGUUCAUUAUUUCAACGACAGAGGGUGGAUAUGUUACUUGUAGAACUGACUCGUAAAUUUCCCUUACCUGUGCCAAAACCAGUGCAGCAAGCACCGGAAGCUCCUGUGGAAGUUAAGCAGGAAGUGAAGACAGAGAAAAAAGAUAUGAAACCACCACCAGAAAAGAAACCUAGAAACCUUACUUAAUAAUUAAUUAAGAUAUAGAUAAAAUAUAAGUAGAUCAGAUGAGAGAAAACGCAAUUUUUCAUGUCUGUAUUGAAGGAACUUAAAUUGAUUCGAUCCGAUUGAAUGUAUUUCCAAAUGUAUUACAGAAUAAAUAGUAACAUAUUUACUUAUGUA